AUGACAAAUUUUGAAACAAUCAAACAAACAUUUAUGUCUAAAAUUAAUGAACCAAAUUCACAACGUCGUAUGGUUUUAUUUGUUGUUUGUAUAGCUUUAUUAUUAGACAAUAUGUUAUACAUGGUUAUAGUACCAAUUAUUCCGGAUUAUCUACAAAAUCUACGUGCAAUGGAUACAAAACAAAUUUAUUGGAUUAAUGCUACACAUACUAAAAGAUUAAAAGAUGAAAACUUUAUUUUUAUUAAAACUAAUGGUGAUUAUAAAAUAAAAUGGCUUAUUCAUCAAUCUGAAACUAAAAUUGGUACAUUAUUUGCAUUUAAAGCUAUAAUACAAUUAUUAUGUAAUCCUAUAUCAGGAACUGUAAUUGAUCGAAUUGGUUAUGAUGUACCAAUGAUGUUUGGCUUAUGUAUAAUAUUUCUGUCAACUUCUGUAUUUGCAUUUGGUAGUUCAUAUGGAUUAAUGUUUAUUGCUAGAGGAUUACAAGGUAUGGGUUCAGCUUUUGCUGAUACUGCCGGUUUAGCAAUGAUAGCUGAUCGAUAUACAAAUGAAUAUGAACGUACAAAAGCAUUGGGAAUAGCUUUAGCAUUUAUAUCAUUUGGUUCAUUAGUAGCACCUCCAUUUGGUGGAAUAGUUUAUCAAUAUUUUGGCAAAGAAUUACCAUUUAUUACACUUGCAUUUAUAGCAUUAUUUGAUGGUUGCUUAUUAUUGAUUAUUAUGCAACCAGUUAGAAUUGAACGAACAGUUUUAAAAACUCAAGGUAAUCUACCUAAAGGAACUCCUAUACAUCGUUUACUAAUGGAUCCUUAUAUUGCUAUAUGUGCUGGAUGUCUCACUGUAGCUAAUGUAUCACUUGCAUUUUUAGAACCGACAAUAUCAAACUGGAUGUCAAAAAGUAUGAAAGCAACAAAUGCACAAGAAGGUUUAGUAUGGUUACCAGCAUUUUUACCACAUUUAGCUGGAGUUAUAACAACAAUUAAGUUAGCUGAUAAAUAUCCAAGUAAACAAUGGUUAAUGGCUGCAGUUGGUUUAGCUAUUGAAGGAGGAAGUUGUUUCUUGAUACCAUUCUGUACUAAUUUUAUUGCAUUAAUGAUUCCUAUUAGUAUUUUGUGUUAUGGUAUUGCAUUAGUUGAUACAGCAAUAUUGCCUACAAUGGGUUUUCUUGUAGAUACACGUCAUGUUUCAGUAUAUGGUUCAGUGUAUGCAAUCGCUGAUAUUUCAUAUAGUUUAGCUUAUGCCUUGGGACCAAUUGUUGCUGGUGGACUUGUGGAUACAAUUAAAUUUGUUGGACUUAAUAUUGUUAUGACAUUAAUCACUUUAGGAUAUGUACCAGUCAUGUACUUAUUACGUCAUUGUUAUAAUGUUGAAAGACCACAGAAUAGAGAAUUACCACCUUUAAAAACUGAUUCAAUUGAUCAUUCAUUUGAUCAAGAUGAUUAUGCUUCAGUUAAAAGUUAUCCAGGUUAUGAACAAAAUUCAACGAUAAAGGGUGAAUCCAAUCAUCAUCACCGACAACAAUAUCAUCAUCCUACUGACCCUACUAAUCAAUAUAAUUAUCAGUCAGCAUCAACGUAUGAACAAGAUGGUAAACUAUUAACUCAACGAACAGAUUAUGCUUAUUGA